GCGACAGGCAAGGGAACAGUCGUGGUCGCAGUUUCCCCACAAGAAGCGUCUUCGAGCGGCGCCGGAAGUAGUGCAGCAACUUCUUCUAUUGGCGAUGGAAAAAACCGUGUUUUAAACAAUUUUAGCCAUGACGUGGUUCUGCUUGGCCCGGGCCCCUCAAGUUGUAGUAGACCAGUGGCUCCUGCUGGUAUCGCACGAAAAAAGUGGUUUACUGGAAGGAAGAUUUUGCAAGUUUUGCAUCACAUACAAGUUUGCAGCUCUACUUACAUUUUAGAAAUAACAAGAGUUCAUCCCGUGCGAGCUUCGCAAACGGGGGAGACACGCCUAAAAGUCGAUUGUCUUGCCAGGGUAGCAUGUGACAAACGCGUCUGCGAUAGUACGUUUUCUGCAUCAAUACAAGUUUAGGGACAGAAAAACAGUUUUUUGUCGCGAUAUCCGGUGCGGGGGUACUGCUGCCCGAGGAGGAGAAUGGUGAAGAUGGCGUUCCCGUCAUGCUGGACCCAUUCCUACCAUUUGCAAAUGUGUAGUCACUGGGUCGUCUGGAAGAAAGAGUGCCACGUAAGUAGUUUGCCACCCAGAUUUUGCAUGCGCCACAUCGUCAUCUGUGACGUGUGCCUUCGCAUGAUCACAGGUUUUGUGAGGGCUUCUUGAAGAUGCUUAUCGCGCAUAAAGAAUGUGGUCCUCUGCACGUAGCAAUACGAAUUGAUAUUUUUAGAAUAGACUUUACACCUUGCAGCGUGACAGGUUUCCGCUUUGUUUUAUUCCAAACCCAGGAGACAUAUUUGCACUGCACAUUUCCACGCGCAGGCCAAUUACUCGGAUGAGUCGGACCUGCAGGGCAAACUGGAGCGGAAUAUCCCAGAGAAAAAAGCAGGCAGGUCAUAUUUGUAAUGCAAAACGAAAUACACAGAAAAACUUGUCAUGGGUGGCCCCAUAGCAUGCUGUUUAGGAUAUGCGCUGCAGAUUUUUUUGUGUAUUUGUUUUUGCAUUACAAAUGCCUGCUUUUUUCUGUGUGAUACGGAAGGCGGCCAGCAAAGGGGGAGCUGUACCCGAGCCAGCACGAGCAGGGGCUUCAGAGACCAUGAGACCCAGCCCUGGCGCAGAGAACUGCGAGCAUCAAGGGCGCCAUGGUAGUAGUUGUUCACUAGGACGAGGGACUAUAGGAACAACAGCAAAUAACGUGUCAUCGUCCCUACAACGAGAUCUUCGCUGUGGCGAUGAAUUGCAAUCGGGACUACAAAUGGGAAACAAGAGCAGCCUGGGACGAAUGAAAAAUGCAGUUCGUCCAGAGCUGCACAGCGAAAACAGCUACGAUAAUUCCGAGGGGGAAUAUUCCUCGGACAGUGCGCGGCACUUGGGCCUGGGCAACGAUCCGACGGACGAUUUCGCGAGCGACGGGUCCUACCGGCGCGAACACAUGCUCGGCGGUAUCCUGAGUAAAAACGUACCCACACCAAAGUCAGGAUGGAGAUUUUGCAACACAAACCUAGGAGUUUUGUGAGUCACGCAUGACAAGGUGCGCUAUGCAGUGUAGUGCAGGUUAGCAAGUGCAGCCGCAUCACAGAUUCAUCUGCUCAUCCUGUUCACGGCAUCACAAAUUCCAAAACACGACUGGAAAUGGCUCUCAUGGGGAUGCGCGUUACAAGUCUUCCUGUCUUUGCAAAUCUGCAUUACAACUCUGGUGUGGGUACGUUUUUACUCAGGAUAGGCGGCAACCCGCCGGGCGGUUUCCUCGCCAGUUAUUGAGGGGAAAAUAUGUGGACCCCCCCUUGCUCGUCCCCAUUGUGAUGAAAAAGUUAAAGUACUAUUUACGCUCCGAAAGCUUCGUGAUACUGAACUGCCACGAAGUUUUUUGCAGGCGGGCAAAUCCAGAGAGCCCGCUGCAUGAUUGUAUUUUGCAGGCGAUUUGUACUUCUAAUGCUGGGGCAGGCCGCAGCCUCUGCUAUGCUAAGCUAGCACAAAAACAUCUCUGCGUACUACGCUUAGGACCUCCACUUCGCGCACUGGUCCCUCUCGGCAGGACAAUAAACCUCAUCUGUGUACACAGGUCGCGCUGCUCCUGCACAGGCUUCCACUUGAUUGUGCGGCGGGGGGGGGGCUUUUCAUUUUGAUACCAGCGGCGGCGCAGACAGUGACGGGACGCCGGUCUCGAAUUGCGGGGGCGGGGGCGGCGGCGCCUCGCGAGAGGAUAGCUUUUCCAGAAGGAGCCGCGGAGAGUUCAAGAUGGUGACCGGGCGGGGGAGUCGUGCUUCUGCCUCUUCUUCUUCUUCCCGGGGUCGUGUCCCUGCUGCUCCGGGGCUGGACCUCCACAGUGGUACUGCUACUGCCUUCAAAAAUCUGAAGAUCAACAAAGGACGAGCGUCUACCUCCGCAAGUAGAGCAGCGGCCUCACAGGUCGCGGAGGCCAGUCUAGUGGGAUCGAAGAACUCUAUUUCUGUUCGUCGCGAGCUUGGUCGUGGUGCUGGAAAGAGGCCGAGUAGUAGAAGAUCGGGCCGCUGGCGCUGCUCUCUACUUCAGGAUGGCGAUGAUGAUGACGAGGAGGCGUUGUGUUCGUCUAAGCGAGCGAAAAAACGACCCAGUAUAUCGUACGAAAAAAGUAGUGUUUCACUGUAAGGAUUUUGCAAGUUUUGCAUCACAAGUUUGUUACACAUGACAAAGAAAACUUGGCAUGCGAGACUUUUAAAGGAAAACACAGUUAAAAAUCUAGUGUCUUGCAUGUGUAGCAAGACAAACACUUCUCAGCUGCAGUUUCUGCAUUACAAGUUUACAGUGAAACAGUUUUUUCUUGCGAUAAAAUAGCGCCGGCCGCGGUUUCAUCCUCGCGCCAGGAUUGGAGGAUCCGGACAGCGGGCGGGAACAGUGCUGCACGGAUGAGGAUAUCAAAUGCAAAAGUGUCUGGGUCUGGAAGAUGGUAACUUGUCAUGGUAAAUCUGAAGCAUACAAAAAUCUGUGUUGCAUGAGUGCCAAAAGCUGUCCACUUUCGACCAAGUUGGGAAGGAGUUUCCCAUGCAGGAUAGGCAUGGCAGAGACCUCGCAGGGUCUGUCAUGCUAAGUCCCGCAUUCCAGGCCUCAUGGGCCAUGGAAAAGCUGCGUGACAAGUUUACACUCUCCCAGACCCAGACAUAUUUGCACUUGAUAGAGGAAGAGGAGGAGCAGCGGUUCGGCGGCAGAAGUCACGGAGAUAUUAACGCGGCCACACCGUCGGCGGUCUCGUCGUCCGCCGAUAUCCCACAGAAAAAAGCGGGCAGGGCACAUUUGUAUAUAGUAGAAAUGAAUUAAAAGAUCUGCUUCUGCACUGCAUAUCCAUAUCCCUCCAAGCAGCGUGCUAUGGGGUCGCGCCCAUGACAGAUUUUCCUGCUACUCAUGCUUCGCAUUACAGAUACUUAUGCCCUGUCUUCUUUUCUCUGUCUCAUAAGCGAGCCCAUGUACUACGAGAACGGCGGGCGUCGACACGACCAGCUUCCUAACGAUGGUCUCGCGACGAGCGGCGUUGGCAACCCAGGAGGCAGCAGCGUCACCAGCGGAGUUCCCCGCCGCGCGCCGGCCUCGAGCUACCUUGCGAGCAGCGGCGCCAGCGCGGGGUCCUGUGACUCCGAGUCGUUCCACAUUUGCGGCACCGAGAGCACGCCGGGUACGGAACAGUCCUCUCUCUUCGCGGACCCCUUCGGCCGCGGCUCGCGCCCUUUUGCGUCCAAGAAAAAAGGUGCAGCUGCGUCCUCCACGCUGGGUGGCAACUUUCAGUCCAAAAAGGCCUUUGCGCAGGGCACCAAGCUGGGUGCCAUGGGCGGGAAGAGCAGUGACUCGCUCUUCGGUGCCGCAGGACCACUCGGACCGCACGCCGGCCUGCAGUUGCUCGGCGGAGUCGUGCACCAGCCGGAUUACGGACUGUUUCACGACACUUCCUCCUACCAGGGUGGCUAUUACAAGAACAUGCAGAAUGCUGCUUCGGGGGAAAUCGUGGUGCCGGACCGCUACCCGAACCCCGGAUUUCUCAACGCGGUCACGAGUUUGCAGCCCGUGGGCCACGACACAGUCGACCUACCUUUUCGAAGUAGUCUGAUGCUGGGCUACGUCACAGAGCCGGAGAACCGGUCCAAGGAGCAAGAGCAGUUUUGUACGCGCAUCCAGACCACCCCGGUGCCCGUUCUGCGCACGACGGCGUUCGGGGCGCUCGAGUUCUACACGUCGGGGAAGUUCGAGAAGGCGACCGGCGGGGCUCAAUGCACGACAAGCGUGCAGUACUUCAGCUACCGCAUGUGGUACCUGGCCACCUUCGGCAAGAUGCUGCAGUACAUGUACAAAAACACCUACCAGCUGCAGUUUGCGGCCCAGGAGGAGAUCCGGGUGAAGCAGAACAAGGACGGCCCCACCGAAACUCCGUGGGGAAAGGGGAGCAAAAUGAAGUUCGAGCAGGAAAUGUGCGACUGCACCGGGGAAGAAUUAGAUAAAGAAAAAUGGAAGGAAGUGAAGCUCUACCUGAAGAAAUGGAGGAACGAAAACGAUGCCUACCGUGCCGGAUUUCAUCCCUUGCAAAAGGCGCUUCUGAGCGGCAAAGACCUGAACGCGAUGCAGGAGCUGGACCAGCGGAGUGGACAAAAUAUGAAGAAAAGCCCCGUCCUCCAAGAGGUGAUCGAGAACAACCUGUGCAAGAGCGCGAUCCGGCGGCUCGCGCGGCGGGGCGGCGUGAAGCGGAUCGGCUCCGGAGUGUACCAUCCGAUUCGUAUCGUAAGGAAAAAUCCAUCCUCCCCAUAUCAAAACGAAAAUUUGUGGUGCUGAUUUGUGGCCACAAAUCAUGUUGUCAUGCUAGAGGGCAAAGAAUGCGGACUGUAAUGCUGGCUGGCGUGGGAACAAAGCCUUGCAUCUUCAGCAUGACAGGAGGCAACUGGAACAGGGAAACAGCAUCACAACUUGCCUACAAUUCAGGCCACAGCUGCGUCUUUUGGCCUUCUGGCAAUACAAGUCGAUUUGUCUACGCAAAUCCGGCAUCACAAAUGUCCUGGUCGGUAUGGGGAGGGGAAAUUUUUCCUCACAAAACUUCGGCUCAUGUUCCAGUCCUGGUUGGAAAAAACCGUCGAACAGCUGUGGAUCCUGACCAAAUUUCAGGGCCGCACCACCGUGCGCCCGGCCGAAGUUAUCAACGCUUUAAAAUUGCAGGGCAGAAACAUUUACGGUCACGGCGCGACCCGGGGGACUUAGGACAGACGGCUGCGCACUUAGGUCCACAUGCAGAGCUGGAUGAUCACUUUGAUUGCGGGAAAAGGUCAUGAUGUGAGGAAGAUUCUCGUCGUGCGGCUGCAGAAUCACUAUGUGCGGUAUAAUCGAUGGUCCUCGUCAGAAGCCUGAUCAGUAUAGUAUUCACGGCUCAACACGUAGAGAGGCUUUUCAGAUUUCAGCCCUAUUUAAGAACAAAAACCCCGGUUGAGAUGAUGUCAAAAAGAUCCGGCUCAAUGCACCCUGUAGAAGGCGCAGUUGCUGGCCGCACGAAGACGCGUCGAACUUACUUCGAAAGUACAUAGUUUUUAUAUCAUAAGAACCGCUAAAAAAU